CCGCGCCGCGGGGCAGAGCUGCGGAGCGGAGGAAGCCGCGGCAUCCCCGCCCUGCCCGGCUCCCCGCAGGCCAGGGGCUGGGCUCUCCCCGCUCCCCGCCGGGCGAGGCAGCGCCGGCCACCUCCCCUUCUGCUCUUCCUCCUCCUCCUCCUCUCCGCCUUCCUACUUCUGCGCCGGCACCGCUCCGGCUCCGCCGCUGCCCCCCGAGCCGCCGGGCUUCCCCCGGAGCCCAGCCCUACCCGCCGCCCCCUCCCCGUCCCCGGCGCCGCCGCCGCCGCUCGCACAAGAUGGCGGGGACCGUGGCCGAGCGGGACGCGCUGAAAAUAGAGGACGGGCAUUUAAACAACUCCCUGGGAUCCCCGGUGCAGGCUGAUGUGUACUUCCCUCGGCUGAUCGUCCCCUUCUGCGGGCACAUCAAAGGAGGGAUGCGACCGGGGAAGAAGAUCCUGGUGAUGGGCAUCGUGGACCUCAACCCCGAGAGCUUUGGCAUCAGCCUGACCUGUGGGGAGUCGGAGGAUCCUCCCGCGGAUGUGGCCAUCGAGCUGAAAGCCGUGUUCACAGACAGACAGUUCAUCAGAAACUCGUGUGUAGCUGGAGAAUGGGGAGAAGAGCAGUCAUCUAUUCCUUACUUCCCAUUUAUACCGGACCAGCCUUUUCGGGUUGAGAUACUUUGUGAGCAUCCCCGUUUUAGAAUAUUUGUGGAUGGACAUCAGCUCUUUGAUUUUUACCACCGUAUUGAAACACUGUCAGCAAUUGACACGAUAAAGAUAAAUGGAGAUCUUCAGCUUACAAAACUUGGCUGAACUUGUUAGAACUGUAGAUUCCAAACCGGCUCAGGUGCCAUCGUCUGUGUGGAGAAGUGACAGCCAGCUCUGGACACAACUAUAGUAGGAAGGCUGUUCCUUUUCUGUGUGCAGUUCUUCACGCCUGUGCCGAUGAACUGGGCUGUUGUCUAUCCUAAUGAAGAACACUGAUGGUUAAUAGACAUUGAGCCAUUUUUCUUUGAUCAAAAUAGCCCACUUGUGCUGGAUAAUCAAGUUGGAAUGGAUUCGGAAAGACUUGCAGUCUUGUUUCAAAUCUCACAGAAAGGCUAUUUCUGAAACACAGCACUAAAAUCAGUUACUGCACAGCAGUAACAACAACAACAAAAGGCUUUUAUUUUGCAAAUAUUGUUUCUGCACUGAAGUGGAGUAGUGUAGCACAACGUAGGGCCACAUAUUGACGUCCUUACCCAGGGCCUGAGCCUGGUUCCACGGAAAUCAAUGGCAAAUCUGCUAUUCACUUUAUCGGGGUACAAUCAAACUGUUUAGUCCUUAGUCAAGCACAACUCCCAUUGAUUCCUAUGGGAUUUUUGCAGGUGCCCAAGGGCGAGAUCUGCUGCUGGUGUUAAUCAGCUAACCUCCAUGGCUUGCAGUGGCAUCCUGCUGAUUGCUCCCAGCCGCUGAUUUGGUCCAAGGACUGUGCAAAAAACUGAAUGAGGGUAUGAGGACACUAGCCUGUAUAUUUUAGUCAGGGUAUUUGCAUAGAAUGUAGAUUGUUACAAGUUUUUGCACAAUGUACUGUUAAUACAAUUUUUAAAGCUUAUCUGUAGUUUAUUUAUUUAUACUCAUUGUAUGUAUUAGUAAAAAUGAACAAUCUUACUGAUCGUUAAGAACAGCAAAGUGUAAACAUUUUGAAUGUACAAAAUGUCUUGGAUUCUUUGGGUAAACACUACAUAUCGUUCUGGAAAAUUCAUGUUUCUUAUUGAACAUUGAAUUACAUUUUAACGGAGCCCUCUGGGCCCUGGGAAAAUGUGGGCAUGGUAGAUGGUGGGGGGAGCUCUUUGCAUAUAUUCACUAGACUGUUUUUCAGGGCUUACUAACUUUGCUGUGCAGGAUAGGUUUGAGUUAAAGUCAAUGUGUUUUUAAAAAUUAAAUGGCAAGUUUGUAGCUGUGCUUUUAUAACUUGAGAAAAAGUUAAAUUUGGCAGUCUCUUAGUUCAGCAAGAGAACUAGCCUCUUUCCAGGGGAGAUGGGAGAUUUCUUUUGCACUCAUUUGAGAACAUAUUCGGCCUUUGAUAUGACAAUUAAAACUUGUCUAGACAGCCAAGUUAUUAAUGCUUGAAAAUCAUCCACUGCACAUGAAUAAUAACUUUUCAAGUAGCUUUUUAACUAGUAGGUAUAGCUGUAUAAACAGAGUCAUUGUGCUACACUAUAAAUGAACACAACCACUUUUCUUGACUUCUUUAGGACUAAAUGCGCUUUUUCCUUGCCUGCUCACAGUAGACCACGGCAAGUCUUUCUGAGUAGUUAUAAUCAUGAUAUAAACAUAUAUUUAGGCAAUUUUGAAGACGUGUAAUGUAGGGACACAAUAUAAAAACAUUCUUUGUAGCACAGUAUUAAAAAAAAAAAAGAGAAAAAAAAUCUCACAAACAGAACUAUAUUAAGCUUGCAAUAAAGAAGUGUUUCAAAGCAACCAGAACUGGAAUAUCCAAAGUGAAGGGUAGCAUGCCAGUUGCAAAGCCUCAUUUUGUGCUAAUUUGGCCUGCAGUUAAGAAGCCUUAGACUGCAAGCUGAAAUUCCAGCUAUGGCUCUAGUCCAAAGGCUGCUGAGGUCAACCAGAGUCCUCUGAGCACAAAGGCAUAGAAGCCUGAUUCUUACUUCACACAAGUGCAGAUCUCUCUGUAAAGCCAGAGGGUGGUGCUGCUGUGAACGAGUUAAGGAUUGGGUUCCCACCUACAAAGUGAAUUAAUAUUGGAAAUUUUAGCCUUAACAUUGAAGUCCCCUGACUUUUUUUCCUUUUUCAAAAUUAAGAGAAAACCUGUUGUUUUCCAGAUGAUCUUUUUAUCUGGUGUAUUAAGUUGUACAUUAGAUUCUGUUUGUACUCCCGAUUGAACCUCUAUAUGAAAUGUUCCUGUUUUGCUCUGUUUUUACUCUUCUCCAUGAUUCACGAUGACUGUGUCAUUUUUUUUGUUGUAUGAAGAAUGCUGACAGUGUUUUGCUACAAAAUAUAUUCUUAAAAAUGAUGAUAAUAAAAAUCCAAGGGAAAGGUGCUUCCACGUGAGCUGCUCAGAUUUUUCUCCAGCUUUGGAACAGUCUGUAGCUCCAAAGCAGAUGCAAGCAGAAAAUGAAUUCUGUUUGGAGAGACGUUUGAUGCCCACCCUGUCUAGUGUUUUCUCUAACUAUGCAUGUGAAGCCAUGUUUUGUGAUGCAGAGCCAUUGCCUGAGGCUGUCCUGCUACUCCAGAGGGCCACACAGUAGGAGGCUGGAGGGAGCAGCACUGUGACCCUGCAGCAGCACAAAACCCAAAAAGAUCUCUCUGACAGCACAAGGCCAAUAGAGAUUCCUGCUCCAUGCCUUUGCUGUAGCCCAGAAUAAGGGGUUUGGCUGACUUGAAUUUUCAGCCACUUGAGACUCCAGUAGCUGCAGUAGCUUAGUGCAGCCCUCAGAUUUUUCAUGACCUGUACGGUCUUGGCACAGCACAGAGUGUACGCCAAGCAUGCUGAGAUGAACUGUACAGACGUCUCUAUCAGCAGCAAAGACCUGGUGAUAACCAUCCUGCCUACUUUCCCACCUCUGUACCAGGCACACUAGUUGGUUCCUGCUCCAGUAGUCACCUGGCUCAGCAAAAUGCUAUUUGGAACCUCGUUCUUGUUUUGCCUAACUCAACUGAGUGGCACCCACCACCUGCUUCUGCCCUGUCGUGGUUUCUGAGCAGGGCUUAGAGGCAAGAACAGCUGUAAAGCCACUUUUGCUGGGCAGUGGUUUGGCUGAGAACUCAAGAAAGGGCAGAAAGUCACAUUUAGAGUUUCCACAUCUGUUUGUGUGUUUAACAGAAUGUUGGAAGCCUUUUUCUUUUGCUCUCAGGCAGUACCAGGAAGGAUUAUGGCUCUGUAACCAAGGGCUGUCCCAUGUGUGCUUGGUUUACUUGGCUAACUGCAUUCAGAAGCUGGUGCAGUGCAAGUCAGAGAAAACUUGGGCCUUAAAUGUUUCUGUUCAGUUAGACUUUGGGUUAAGCCCAAAUGUUUAAGAUGGGAGAUUGCUGUAAAAUUUAUAUCUGAAUUCUGUCUCCAGAAUUUAGGGAUUACUCAGAUGUUUAUUUGGGGUAUAAAGCCCUACUAGACAUGAAAUUGGAUUGUUUCCAAACUGGGACAGUCAUUGGGUUUUCAAAAUGCUUUUCAGUAGGCAGUGGUAGUCUGUGAACUACUUGGAAGCUGCAGUUCCUCAGGAGCAAGUGUGUGUGUUAGCCAACUUUUGAGAUCUGCUAGAAUCUAUGAGCUAAAUAUUUCUGCAGUUUCCUCUAAAUGAGGAAAUUAUUUCUGAAAUGAAAGAAGUCUUGAAUGGGUAAAAGCUUUGGAGUGUAAUCCCUUAGCAUAGCUUUAUUAUUUUUUCCAAAAGGGAAAAAAACAAAAAAAUACCAAAAAUAUCCACCCCUGAAUUACACAGUUAAAUUUGGAAUUGGCUGUGAUAAAGCUGAUGGCUCUUUCUUUCUUUCUUUCUUUCUUUCUUUCUUUCUUUUCCUUUCUUCCUUUCUUCCUUUCUUAAGAAAUAUGAGUUUAUUGACUACUCAGAAAGAGCCUUGAAAUAUGCUGGGUGAUGUGAGGUAGUCUGUCUAAACAUAUUUCACAUAAAUGCUUUUUCACAGUCAAGUUGUAAAAAUGUUACAAAACACCUUCUUUUCGUGGCACAACUAGAAAUGGUUGCCCCACCUUGAAAGAACAUUUUGUCCUAAAUAUUCAUGUGUUGUCUCUGUGAACUUGCACUAACAUAUAUUAUAUUCUCCCUCCCCUCCUUGACUAGCUUGAGAAAAAAUAGGCGUAAUAUUGCUAAACCGGUUGAAUGUAACAUCUGCUUGAGGCACAGCAUCUUUCUCAAGGGCUGUUUUGAGUAAACAGCCUGAAAACCAAAGAGAGAGCCUGAUUCACCAUAAUGCUGUGCCAGCCUUCCACCCUUGUCACUCUCCUGAAGUGAGGCUGAGACUGAAACCCUGAGAUUUUCAUGUGAGAGAGCAGCACUGAGAUUUUAUCUUCUGGAUUUAAAAAUUCGCUAUGGAGGAAAUGAGAACAGAGUAACCACAGCACUUCCAAGCUUUCUACUGGUGGUGUUGUAGCAUGAUGUACUGUAGUCCUAAUGGAACAUGAGUUUAGAGACAGGUAGUGGGCAUUUCAGAGGCCACCAAGAGCCCAGUUCUGCAGAGCCAGUAGUGGAGGCUCUGAGCAACCUUCCAGCACCCUAGAAUGGAGAUGACAGUGUGAGCAGGCAGAGUCAAGCUGAGGGCAGACCUAAAUGCUUACCAUGACAAGCACAGCUUUCUAUUUGUCCACCAAAGGCUAGGACUACAUAGUGACCUAGUGAAAUCUGUGGUCAUUCUAGGCUUUGUUCUGAUUUUCUCACAUGGAUCAGAAAAUGUACAGGUAAAAGUUGCUGUAUGAUGCGUGGGGUUAAAAUGAAGGCCAACCCAAAUGGGGAGAAAAAAUGAGCUACUGACGCUUUAUCUGGCUUUGAUACACCCUCCCAGCUCCUCCCAGCAAUCACUGCUGUUACAAAUAUGCACAAUUACUAUAACAAGGAGAUUCAGCAGCAUGUGCAAGAUCAAAAUAAUAAACUCAUGCUUUGCCACGGGCUUUCCUUAGCUUCUGUUGCUAGGCCUUUCCGUCUGUCUGUCAACAAAUAGCUAAAUCCUGCUGCCUUUAAAGUUCAUGGCAAAAUGCCUUUUGACUUCUGUGAGAAUAGGUCUGUAAGAAAAGGGGUAAUUCCAGCCCUCUCAGCUGGGAAAUACUCUAAAAAUCUGUUCUUUCAUUUUCCCGAAUUUCAGCAUCAAUAGAGGACUAUUUUUGUCUGCAUUAUUUGCUUGAGUAGAAUCGAUAGAAAGCACAGUCUCUCCCAGCUGCAGUAACACUGGUUUCACAGUUAGCUGAUGAAAUGUUUUAUGUUCAUUAUCUUCUGAUUUUAAAAAGUGAGGAUGUGCACAAAAUGACGUGGCAAUAAUAGUAAUGUGUACCAUUCACCACAGAUCUAUUUUUAUGUGUUGUGCCAAUUUCAUAAUGGACUUUUAAUAACAAUAAAAUGUGAAAUCUUCACUGCAGUUUUAUUUGGUCUUUUAUAACAAUUGUUAAUACUUGUUACACAUGCAAUUUACUUCUUUUCCCUUCUGAGUGUUUUUCAGACAUAGCUAAUUCUUCCUCUAAUAAAGCUGUAGUGUGGCAGUUUGGAAUUAGAAGUGUUUCUUUGGUAGCAGCUUGUGUAAAACUCCUUUAAAAUUUAAACACUCUAUGCACAAUCAAAUAACUAUUUUAGAGGAAAGAAUAACUUGCUUACUCAUGCAAAACACUCACUGACAUCACUGGGCAGUGUAAACUGCAGGAGUUAACAGGCAUGUCUCAGAACAGGACAGGACAUGAGACUCAGACAGCUGAUGACUUCUGCAUGGGAUAAAACAGCCUCUCUCUGCAGCAUAACUCACACACGCACUCCCAUUCACUCUGGUGGGACAAGAUUCAUGGAUUUGUGGUGAGCAAAACCACAGCGUCAGCUCCAGAAAGGUGGUAUUAUGGGAUCCAGUGUUUCACUUGUUGAUGUGAUCCUAGAUGAAGCUCACGUUAAAAUCAUUAAGUGCAAGAGAAAGCUUCAAGGUCUCAGCUUCUUCAAGUUAAAGCUUUUGGGAGAACUAGAAUCAUCCAGCAAGAAAAGACUAUACCCUCCAUCAAGUUGUGGCUAUAAGAAAUAAGCUAGAUUUCUGAGAGAGACCUCACUAUUCAAAGAACAGUGAAGUAGCAGAUGAACAACAUUUGACUACCGCCAGCUGCAUUUUUUUUCCCAAUAAAAUGAUAAGGAAUCAGAUGUUCCCCAAGAGCUUGGAUCUGUGGCCAUCCUUGCUCACAGACAGCCCGACAUUGGCCUUUUGUUGCUACACACAAUCCUAAAAAGAGGUAUGUUAAGAACUCUAGAGAACACAAGAUUCAAACAGUAUUAAAUAAUGUAAAUACAAACCAGAAAUAAGGAGAACAGACAGAAAUACAACACGCAGAAAUCUGUAUGACAUCAAAAAGGAACACUGAUUUGAUUCUGAGCCAGCAGGAAUUUCCUGCUAAUCAUGUUUCCAAUUUCCAGCAACCAUGAUGAGCUUAAGACAAGAUUUUACAUUAGCAAGUGUCUCCAAUAGCCCCAGUAUAGUCUCAGACUUCAUCUUUCCUUCACAGGAGUGGGGGUAGCAAUGCUGCAAAUACAUGCAUUCACCUUGCUUUCCCUCAGAUCCCCUCUGUGUCAGGAGUCUUGGCAGGAUCUGUGCUCUGUGACCCCAGCCAGCCCAUAGCAGAGGAGUUGGAACUGGGUGGAUUUUAAUGUCCCUUCCAACCCAUGACUUUCUAUGAUGAUUCUAUGUCCCAAAGGGUUCUGGUAUAGGUUGAGUGUAAGCCCCAAACCUCCACCGCUACAUAAGUUCACACACAUUUGAUAUCUUAAGGCAUGGGCAUGUUAGAAAGGCCUCUGCACAAGAUUCAGACUUGGCAGAGCACCCACCUCUUGUAAAGGCAGCACUGAGUCCAUGCCAGACAGCAGAACUGCAGCAAAGUGUCUGGGCGAAUUUCCAAAAGGGGUGUACAUAUACCCAAUUUCACUGCUUGCAUUGGCUAACCCCUACAGAAACCCUUGAAAAGCUCUCUCCUUGAUCUGUAAUACUGAGUAAACUCCAGGCAUGAGAUCUGGGUACCUGUUGCAACAAAUGCCAUGUGCACUUCUCUCCCAUUCAGAUCAGCACUGUGUAUAAAUCACAGCUGGACCUUAUUUUAGUAGAGUGUUUCUGAUCUUGAAGCCAAGUCAAUUUGUGCUGAGGGAUUUACUCACAGGAAUACCACAAAUACAUCUCUGCUAGCACUGCAGUGGAUCUUAUUUUUAAAUGAUGACAUUCACCAUUCUUCUAAGAAUAGAGACUGGCUCCAAAACAUCUCGUCAGCUUCAGCAUUCUCCAAGGGUUACGUAUUUCUCAUCCUGUUCAGGUUUUAAAGCUUCAGUUUCCACACUGCUGCCUUGCUAGACCAGGGCUGUGAUGCAAGAUGGGUCAUUUUGUGAAAAACACUAAGAAGGAUGUGUCUUUCAGCAGCUUUCUAUGCAGACAGCUGAAGGAGAUGCACAAGUCAGCCUUGGCCCUCUGAGGAGAUGGUGAAAGAGAGCUAUGUUGAUACCUGGCUUGCAGAACAGGGCUUCCUCAUGACUCAGAAAGAUAUGAACAAAAGCCAGGUAAAUUUAGAAAAAACAUCACAGAAGCUGAAGAGCAAAUUUUAGUGGCAGAGAAAAGAGGAGGACUUUAGUACUAAACAAUCUGAUAUUAACAGCAAACAGAUUCUACCUUGGUGCUCCAGAGGCUGUAGGCUGGUGUAGCUCCAACUGAGCCGAGCCAAAGCUCUGUGCAGUGGAGCAGGCUGCCACCAAGUGCUGAUGGAGCUACCAGAAGUUUUUGAGACGUGCUUUGUCUGGCCCCAAAAACCCUUGAGUAGGGAAAAAAAGCCAGUGCUGACAGUAUUGUUAUGUAUGACAAGCUACAGUAGCUGUUCUAGCACUGCAAGACUGAAGAGGCAAAGAGGAUUCUUUCUUGGCUGCUCUCUCAGAAAUUUUGUUUAAUGGGAAAGAAAAUCACGUUCUAGAAAAGAGUCAGACCAGAACUAAAGAUAGAAUAUGGUUAUUGGUAGAAGAAACAUUCUUUGGAAAGUAGUAGAUUAAUUACAAUCUCCUGAGGAAAACAAAGUAUUUGAAUUUACAAGUAGAGAGGCCACAUCAACAACAGCAUAAUUCCUUUCAUGCUCCAGCUUUAUAAGAAAGACACAAAGAGCUUCAACAACUAAAAUACAGACCCUGAGGGGCAAAGCUGGGAGAAACUCUGGAUUACUGAAUGGAUGUGGAACACAGCUUCCACAUCCAUUCCCCAUCAUUUUCACUGCCUUUUCUCAGAGGUGGCAGUUCCUCUCCAUGAGAACCAUCGCUGGAAACCCCACAGCCAUUGUACUUCAGAUACUUACUUCACAGCUUUAUGCGUCCUUUAAAGACACCAAUCAAGGUGUUUAUUUAGCAACACUCACUGAAGAACUUCAAAGAGCUGACAGACUUGACAAUUCACAUUAAUUCCUGAAUGCUCCUUGCCAUUUCUAGUAUUACUGCUGUCAUUCUCUCGGCACAGAGCCUUAACAAGACCUUCUCAGAGAUCAGUGCUGUAACUUGAAAUAUGUGGAUCUGUACAUACCUAAUGUUACAUUGCUUUGAUUUCUGGCUACAACAGGGAAGUACUGCUCCCAGGUCCUCUCUUCACCCAUCAGGCAGACACACUCUUUUGUGCCAAAAUACUCAACAGUAAGGUGAAUAAUGCUGUACACAGCUUCUGAGAUGCGAUGGGCUAUCCAUAAUGCAAAAUCUUUACAAAAGUAGAGUUUUUUUUAAUGGUAAAGUUUGAAUGGCAUUAUACUAUUUUUUUGCAGUCUGCACUGCCUCACAGUGCUUUUGCCUGCCAUUUAAAUAAUGCAGAAGAGAAACUGCAACAUGGAAGAUCGGAUUUCUUAGCAGGCAGUUGUUCGCUGAACCUUGAGCUCAAAAGAUGAUGUGCAGACAUUUUUCCCUAGACAAAAUACAGCAUCACAUCCUGUGAUGCAAGCAGGUAUUUCUCUUACUGAUUCUGGUGGAAGUACACUGAUUUAUGGCAACUGAGCACCUACUAAAGAAUAAACUUAUAUAGGAUCUCACAAUAAACCUGUCUUCUUCAAAUGGUGCUCUCAGAAAAGAUAACAGGAUUCUAAUUAGCAUGUGCAAAGAGAAGUACAUAAUCAUUUUAAUGCAUUGUACAGCUGAAGCUGUGAUAAUACAGGCUAAAAGAUGAUGCUUUUCUGUGAAGGGAAUCAGUUGCAAUUUUUGCUUUUAUGUAUUACCAGCUGUAUUGAUUACCUUCCUUCUGUGUCACUGGUAGCUAGGGAACGUGACACAUUAUCUCAUGCUGCAUUUGGAGGGCAGAAGAGAUUGUUGUAUUUUUUAGAAACCGAUUCCUACAGUGUGAUGGUACCAAUUGGAUGAUCAUACCUGUGCAUAUUAAAAUGUCAGCACAUUAAUUAUUGAAUAGUGCCAGCAGUCAUUUCACUGUCUGGGGUGGGAAGAAGGGGCAGAAAUGAACAGCUCUGAAGUUUAGCAACUGAAAAGAGCAAUUUUUUUACCUCUAAGAGUAUCCUCUGAAAGCUGCAUGGCUCAUGCUGGCUUGUGUGGAAAGGAAGCCAGUAAGAAGAAAAACUUCACUUUCCAGGAUGAAGAGAUGAUGCAUUUACAGACCAAAGUGUCCAUCUCUCUCAUGCCUUGCCUGGUCCUGUAAUGCAUGGAAUUACAUCAGUAAAGAGAACAGAAGUCAUCUAUAGACAUUCUUCAGGAGUUCAGUCCUAAGUCUCUACUGCUGGUGGACAGUGUUUGCAGUGCCAGUGCUGCACAAGUGCUCACCAAAUCCCAUCAAGACUGGGAGGUAACCAGGAGCUGCCUGUGUAAAGUAGGUGUGCAGCAGCAUCUGUUAGGAAUUUAUGUGUCCUGUAAAGCAUUUAUAUGUCUUGUAAAACAGAAGAGAUUGUUUCAGACUGUCUUGAAACAAUAUCAGCUGAGUUAAUAGUCCUGUCAUCAGGCAGAACUUGCAUAGGACUGACCAAAGUCUGAACAUUUCUAGUAAAAAUCAACCUGAGUGUCUCUAAGUGGAGCACAGUCCAGGUUCACUUGUAAAAGAAAUAACUGAUGCACACUUGAAGCAUUCAGCAGUCAAUUCAGGUAGGAGACAGAAUGCCAGAAAUCUCCUUUUACAUUCAAACAUCCAUCCUCUUUUAGUUUUCAGCCACAUCACAACUCGUGUCCAUGGUCAGGUCAGUAGACUGUCACUAUAUUCAACACAAAUAAACCAAGGAUCACAGACCAUCACAGGAAGACAGUGACUGUUCCUCUUGAUACAGCUGGUAGUUCGAACAGUUUACAAUCUUUGCUACAUUAACUGGAAUUUGUUUUGGAUGACAGCAUGAGGAUGCUAUCACAGAGUUAUGGCAUAACUUCUGGCAGACAGAUUUUGCUUUCAAUUCUCUUUAAGUAGAGUUGGUAUAAAACCUAUUUGGUACUCCUGAAUUUUAUGCAUUUAUUCUUGUAAUAGGACAACAGGUGUUGGGGGCUAUGAGAUGCUUGGUCUUUUUCAAAAUCCUAUUCAGUUUACAUAUGCUGGUAUUGCUCAUGAAUGGCAAUAUACUUCAUGCAAAGAAAACUCUGCCCAACUUCAGUGUACUGCUAUUCUGUUUCAUAUGUGCUUUCAUCUUUCAAUAGGUGGGUGAGUAAACAGAAGACUCUAAGCUACCUUUGCAGUACCAUUUAGCUUUUCCUAUACUGUCACCAUGUUUAUUACUAUCUUCCUCAAGGUACUUAGCCCUUCCUUUUCAGCUUAAUAACCAAAUAUCAGGCAGGAAAUUUUCUAAAUUGUUUUAGCACGUUGCUUCAAUCCACACUUUAAGAAUUAACAGUCACCGUAUCUCAAGUAAAUUAUAGGUGGUGGCAUAUUGCCUAACAUCCUGAUGUAAAUGUAAGAUAAAGGCCUACUCCAGGGGGUGUAGUGCAACAUGAAACCCAAGUGCACAGACUUUGUAGAUCAAGUUUUAUCUUAAUUUCAAAAAGCCUCUAAUUAUGCUCAAAUAUGUUCUUUCAGGCAUUCUAACAUCUGGCCUUCAGGAAACCCCACAGUUAACUGCAGUCAAUGACUCUAUGUCAUUCUCUCUUCGCAAGGGAUUUUAGACACUGAAUCUAUACAGCCAUGGCACCUAACCAAAUGGACUUUCACCUCAGGCUGUUUCCAUGCUUUCGGCUUCCUCUAUGUUCAAGGUGCCUCGCUGUCUUAUUUUACCUGCAGUGCUGGAAGGGAGGAAAAAGAUUUGGCCUCUAAGAGCGUACUGAUUCACAAGGAACAUGCUGUUCUAGGGAGGGCACAGCAGGAAGAAAUGUCCUUCAUGGCUUUCAGGGUGAUGUCAGCUGAGUUUCAAAUAGGAGGCCACAGUUCUUAUUGCCAGAGACUGUCACCCAUCUCCAGCACAUAGGAACUCCACGUGGUUAAGAGCACAAGCAGCUUCAAAGGGAAAUUCUGAACAUCUUCACAGGUGAACUUCCAUAUACGGCCAUGAAGCUAUGGGUUGUGAUGGUUGGCAUGCAGAUACAUAUCAGCAUGCCAGAACUUCCACAGCAACAUGUAACUAGUAUACACAAACACAAUUACACAUACAUUUAUUGGGAGAAGGUAGUAGAGUGAUUCAAACAUGUGUCAACAGCUUCCCAGGGUGAGGAUUUAAAAGAGCUAUUUGGUGCAAUAAAGGCUGAUGCUUAAUACACAAUUUUCCACAGGCUGCUUUUUUGCUUAGGACAGCUGAGUGGCUACAUUAGUAAUUCCAGGAAAACUGGAAGCCUUUUAAUGGGUGAGUAGUAGCUGAAACUGUGGGGGCAUUCACGCCACCUUCUGCAGUGUCUUAUUUCGGCUGCAAUGAGUGAGUCUGGUCUCUGUGGAUUUCCUAUACAGGCAGAAAGAGAGGCACUUCUCCAGAGGAUGAUUUAUCAGUGAUUAUUCCAAUACCCUGAAUGAUCUUCCAGAGGAUCUAGCUCUGCUGUGUACAAAGGGCCCCUGAGGAUGUUUGCCUUCUACCAAAUACCCAAGUGUAGAUACCUGCCUGAUGUCCGUUCACAAGCACACACAUCCUGUGUUUGAGGUCUAAAAAAAAAAAAA